GGGAGGGGAAAAUCAAUAGAACAACGAAUAAAAUCCUCAUCAGGCUCAUGAAUUUGACGAGGAUAAAUUUUAUUUUUGAAAGCUUGGCGAGGAUUAAUUUAAUGAAACUAAAAAUAGAUAAAUGAAUACGUAUAUAUAAUGUAAAAAUUAGUAAGAUAUAUAAUAAUGUAGGUAUAACUUAAAUUAGUAAAAUAAUUGCAGACAUUGUUUACAUAAAAAUAUAAGGUUUCGUGUGACUUUAUUAGACUGUGGAAAACGAGCAAGCAGAGCCCAUCGAAAGUAAAAAAAGAAAAAAGUCAAAAGCAGGCCCCCACCGAUUAAUAGUGUAUGGAUUUCUGUUUUUAAGCCCUUGUUUCUCUAUUCUAAGAAUAUGAUCAAGAUCAAUAUAAGUUAAUUAUACCAAUUAAUUAUCUCUAAUUUCUUUCUAUAUAUAACGAAGAACAACAUAUGGAAGAUACGUACUAAUGGAGAACAAGAGCAAGAUCCAAAUUCUUUACGAUGCUUGUAGUGUCGUUUUUACUCAGAAUCAAACUCCAAAAUUUCAACAAAUCCAAUGGCUCAAAAGUCUUCUUGACAUAAUCGAAGCCAAAGAUGUUGGAAUCGAUGAAUUUGGAAUAUCAUCAUCAUCAUCAUUAUGUGAAUCUUCAUUUUCAAACCCAAAUAAGGAGAAUUACAAUAAGGGACUAAUCUGUGGGCUAACCAUGUCUGAAAUCACGUAUAUUCAUAUACAUGAAUGUAACGACUUUUCUAUUGGUGUGUUUUGUUUCCCGGCUGGAGGAACAUUUCCACUUCACGACCACCCAGGAAUGACAGUUUUCAGCAAACUCCUCUAUGGUUCUCUUUACACUAAAGCUUAUGAUUGGGUCAGUGUGUAUAAUUCAACAGCAACCACUAGAACAUUUGGGUUAGGAGGUUUAGUAAGAGAGGAGAUGGUAAAUGCACCAACUCAAACAAGCAUACUGUUCCCAAACUGUGGUGGAAACAUUCAUACAUUCACAGCAAUAACUCCUUGUGCCAUAUUGGAUGUUCUUACUCCACCUUACUCUGAUGACCUUGGAAGGCCUUCCACUUACUACUUUGACAUUCUCAUCCCCUCUCUUCCCGGUUAUUCAGUGCUUGAAGAAAGAGAGUUGCCUGAUGAUCUAGUAGUUGCUGGUGCACCGUAUCUUGGUCCUCCUGUGGAUGCACGCGACCACAUUUGUUGACUUUAUACUUAUUUUAUUUUUUAACGUGUGAUUGUGUGUACAUAUAUAAAUAAUAGAUUAAAAAGGGAAAGAAAAGAAAAGAAGAAAAAAAGCUAUUAUU